AUGGUCAAGGUCGCCAUUGCCGGUGUUGGAGAAUUGGCCCAAGAACUCAUAAGGAUACUUCUAGAGGGAGGCCGUCAUGAAGUAACAGCAUUACCACGCAAGGAAUCGCCUGGAAACCACCCGCCCGGGCUGCGUUGGUGCAAGAUCGGUUAUUACAAUAAGCAGCAGCUUACUCAGACCUUGCGGGGCUUUGAUGUCGUCUUAUCGUUUAUUCUGGUGUUUUCAGAUGAGGCAUACCAGGCUCAACUGAACCUGAUCGACGCCGUUGUUCAGGCUGGCGUCAAGAGAUUUGCCCCAAGCGAAUGGUCGGUAUUCGAGUACUGUUUGUUUACCCCAGGAAUUUUCAUGGACUACCUCAGCCCACCAGAGAAAUUGAGCGAGAGAAAUCUUUCGCACAGCGGCCUAUUUAUCGAUUUUGAUAAAUGCCGCGCUGUUCUUCCUGAGAAGAUGGACGCUGUUGUAUCUUUUACUGCCAUUGACGACUUCGCAGCAAUUGUCAGUGAAGCGUUGGAGUAUAAAGAUGAAUGGCCUGUCAUCGGUGGUAUUUCCGGUAAUAAACUUACCAUUUCCGGCCUGCUUCAGCUUGGUGAGAGGAUUCGAGGGAGAGGAUUCACAGUUGAAACGGUUAAACGGCAUGAUCUCCUUUUAGGAAAGCUUGGGACUUGGGUCCCUGCCUCCCUUCAUUCUGAGAUAGCUUCUAAUGAACAGCAAUUGACGAUGGAGCAGAUGACGGCACAUACUCUAUUGGCAAUUGCUGAUGGGCACUGGAACCUCACAGAUGAGUGGAGCAAACUUCUACCAGCGCACAAGUUUAUAGAUAUAGGAGAGUUCUUAGAAAAGGCUUGGUUAUAA